AUGCGUCCACAUAAGUAUGGGGCCGGUAGAGCAGAACAUCAGGAGUACGUGCAGGUACCAACAAAACAAAAUACCCUACGCUUCAUGCUUUUCGAAAGCGAAUAUUUCUCGAAGUUCAGUACGACCGUACCAAUCGAUGUUGGAGUCGGAGAAACAACCAUUUUUGAAACGGGGUUAAAGGAAUUAUGGAAUUCAGACAGAAUGACUCGAAACGGCCUGUGUUUCAACCUCAUAGUUUCAGAGCUUCAUAUGCCAAAUAAAUAUGAAAAAAGGGGCAAAACUGCCAUAUACAAAGGAGACAAGACAACAAGAAAAUUGAGAAGAUACAACGCCUCCGGACCCAUUAUCGUUAAAAUCGACAAGCACAAAGACCAUGUAGGAAAGCCGAAAACCAAGGAUGAAUGUAUAGGAAUGUAA